GGAAACUCGACAGCUGCUUGGCAAGCCUUCAUCGAUUCAUCAUCCGCUAGCUGACCUUCGUUAGCAUUGCAUUUUAGAUGCACGAUUGUCUCCGUAUUCGCGAAGUUCUCGAGGUGAUUAUUGAACAUGCCUACUAUCAGCAAGAUGCGCGCGGUGACGAGACGGUCGGGACACAGACGGUCCUCGCACUAGCGUUGACAUGUCGGUCGUUUCUUGAAACGGCCCUGGACAAGCUUUGGGAGACGCAAGAGAACCUGGUGCCCUUGAUGAAGACUCUGCCGCGUCAUGCGUGGAUUAUCUAUGGGAAAGACAUUGUGACACUAGUUUUUCCUCUGCAACCAGUCGACUGGAAUCGGUUCGAUUCGUAUGCGAAGCGCAUUAAAGUUCUCGGGCUCCACAGUAGGCAUACGCGGCUACUGCUCAACCUCAGGCUUCUCGAUGCAUUCAUCGCCCAACAUCCAGAGGACUCCCCGCUUCUCCCCAAUUUACGCCGCCUCCACUGGGCCUCAGAUAAUAUGAACAAACAGGCCUUUUCCUAUGCCAGGCUGUUCAUCGUGCCGUCUCUCAAAUGUCUACAGCUUGACUUCGCGAGUCAUUUCCGCAUGGUUGACGAGCAGAAGACGCUUUCCUCGUUUCUAUAUCUCGUCCAACAGCGCUGUCAGGCCUUCACCACAUUUGCGAUAGACGUAAUUCCUUUCGAUCGGCUGUCGUCGAUGUCUUUGAUAUCAUCGUGGGCGAAUCACCGAAAAUACGUCCCGCGCCUCUCUAAGCACGACAUCAUCUGUAUUCUGUCCAUGCCAUACUUGCGCGAGGUCCAAUUAUGGAUUGGGUCCAUAGAAGACAUCCCAGCCAUGUCAGAAGUGCCCGACACUGGUCCCUCACCAUCUUUGAGAGUGCUCAAGUGCCAUUGUCGCUCACUGGACAUCGCUCGCGCCCUCCUGGAUAUCCUCCCGCCACGAUGCCUUGAGGCUCUGAGCGUGAGCCUCGAGCAAAGGCCUCAGCCGAGGCUCCUUCGCGAGUUUUUCCUAGACCUGCAGCAAAUCUGCUCACCCAAACUGCAUGCGCUCCAGCUCUUUGACACCCAACAGCCCGAGGUUGCGGUGUGGGAGCGCUCGCGUCGGCACCCCCAGCUUUCUGUCGGCGCAGAGACCCUCGCUCCCCUCCUUGCGUUUUCGCAACUGCGCAUACUCGAGAUCAACUGCUCGAGCUUAUACCAGCUGGACGACGCGGCAUUGAUUGGGCUCGCGCGGUCGUUCCCACUGCUGGCGCAUCUAGAACUGGGCGUGCUGCAUGGCUGGAACGGGCCAUCGCAGGUGACGUUCAAUGCGCUCAACAUGCUGAAUGCUCUCUGCCCUGAUCUUCACAAGCUUGGGCUCGCUUUGGACCUGACCUCCGCUGCGGCUGGGAUCACUGGCACGGAGUGCGUCGAGCCCUCACAAUCCGCGCGGGUGCCCAACGCGCGCAUCACGCGCGUACACUUGACAGACUCGAAGAUCUUGUACGCGGAGGCAGCAGCUGUCGGCGUGCAGCUCGUGACGCUGUUCCCCAACCUGAUGAGGAUUGCGACCAGGCCUUUGCCCAAUCCGCAGACAGAGCCUUUGCGCCCGUUCGCAGAGGAAGAGGGCGAGAGAGAGAGCUUGUGGCAGGCUGUGGCGGAUAAGUUCUGGCGAAAAGUGGAGGCAGAGGUCGCAGCCCGCCAACGCCGUCGCGUCAACAUUCCUUCGCCUUUGGUGAACUUCUGCGGAUGAGUUCUUGUGCGACGUUGUUGAGACCAUGGUUGUUUGUCGGAAUCUGGAAGGACGCUGACUUGAUAACGUUUGCACCAUUUCCCGGUCAUUGCUUCAUUUAGUGCGUUCUCUGCUAUUUGCCAGUCGAACCUCAUCAUACCUUCUGUACUGUUCCUCCUCGGAUGGAAAAUGUUGUUCUUCGUACCUGCGAUAGUAAGCUUGUCCUGCUGUCUUUCUCGAUAUCUUACGUUUUAUCUGUAUAUCAAUGAAGGCACGGGAUUCUUUGUAUACUAUCAACUGUUUCAAAAUAAAUACCCACAGCGCUGUCUGACG